AUGGGAUCGAUAGAGCAUUCGCACCUGCCGGCCGACUUCCUGUGGGGUUUCGCCACAGCCUCUUAUCAAAUUGAGGGUGCAGUGGACGAAGACGGGCGAGGUCCUUCGAUCUGGGACACUUUCUGCAAGAUCCCGGGCAAAAUCGCCGGCGGAGGAUCAGGCGAGAUCGCGUGCGACUCAUAUCAUCGUACCCACGAGGACAUUGAGCUGUUGAAGACGUGCGGCGCUAAAGCUUACCGGUUCUCGCUGUCAUGGUCUCGAAUCAUCCCGCUCGGCGGCCGCAAUGACCCUGUCAACAAAAAGGGUCUCCAGUUCUACGUGAAAUUCGUGGACGACCUCCUUGCGGCUGGCAUCAUUCCCAUGGUGACUCUCUUCCACUGGGAUCUUCCCGACGAGCUGGACAAGCGGUACGGCGGAUUCCUGAACAAGGAGGAGUUUGUGGCCGACUACGCAAACUACGCUCGCAUCGUCUUUCAAGCAUUGAGCCCCAAGGUCAAGUACUGGGUUACCUUCAACGAGCCCUGGUGCAGCUCCGUGCUUGGAUACAACAACGGCUCCUUUGCGCCUGGUCACACCAGUGAUCGCACGAAGAGCCCUGUGGGUGACAGCUCGACCGAGCCGUGGAUUGUCGGCCACAGCAUCCUUGUUGCCCACGGUGCCGCAGUGAAAAUCUAUCGUGAGGAAUUCAAGGAGCGAGAUGGUGGUGAGAUUGGCAUCACGUUGAACGGUGACUGGGCUGAGCCUUGGGAUCCCGAGAACCCUGCCGACGUCGAAGCUUGUGACCGCAAGAUUGAGUUCGCCAUCUCAUGGUUUGCCGACCCCAUCUAUCAUGGGAGAUACCCAGACAGCAUGAUCAAACAGCUCGGUAACCGUCUGCCCACCUGGACCGCCGAGGACAUCGCCCUCGUGCAAGGCAGCAAUGAUUUCUAUGGCAUGAACCACUACUGCGCCAACUUCAUUCGAGCCAAGACGGGAGAGCCCGAGCUCGACGACAUUGCCGGAAACCUCGAGUUGCUUCUCGAGGACAAGAACGGCGUCAGCGUCGGUCCUAUCACUCAAUCGCCCUGGUUGCGACCUUCUGCCAUUGGCUUCCGCAAGCUGUUGAAGUGGCUCAGUGAUCGUUACGGUUACCCCAAGAUCUACGUGACGGAGAACGGAACCAGUGUGCUGGGAGAGAGCGACAUGCCUGUUAACGAGCUCUUAAACGAUGAGUUCCGAGUCCAAUACUUCACCGACUACAUCAAUGCGAUGGCAGAUGCCUAUACCUUGGAUGGAGUCAAUGUUCGCGCCUACAUGGCGUGGAGUCUCAUGGACAACUUCGAGUGGGCUGAAGGUUACGAGACCCGCUUCGGUGUGACUUAUGUCGACUACGAGAAUGACCAAAAGCGAAUUCCCAAGAAGAGCGCCAAGAGCAUUGGUCAGAUCUUUGAUCGCUUGAUCCAGAAGGCAUAA